GAGAGAGAGAGAGGAGAGAGAGAGAGGAGAGAGAGAACCCAGUGAGGACAAACUUGCAAGAAGCAGAGCAUGCAGAAAAAGCUCCGCAAGACAACAGUGCAGCAGCUCGGCGGGGUUUGAAGCUACAGAGGCAGCACUGAGCUUACGGAUUACAAUGAUUGCCACAACUCAACAAAACAUGACCACGGAGCUGGACCUGGGUAGUUCAGAUGGUCCCCCGCGGAACUGGAAGGGCAUAGGAAUUGCCAUGGUGGUGAUCCUGGCUGUUAUGUCUCUGGUCAUUCUCUCUGUCAUCCUCCUCACACCUGAUGCAUCUAAAUUGUUACUCCGCUCCCAUCUCACUAUGGAGGAUCUGGAGAGUGAAGAGUUCAAAGUUCAUGACCCCCGUGUGGCAUGGUUGAACGAAAAUGAAGUGGCUUUCCGCACCAGAGAAGGACACGUCCUGUCCUUCAACCUCAACAGCAACCUCACCUCGACUCUGGUGGACAACAGCUCCCUGGACCUGAGCAUUACUAAAUUCCAAGUGUCUGCAGACAAGAUGUUCGUCCUCUUGGCGUAUAACAUUCGACCGGUGUUCUCUCAGUCCUUCACAGCCUCCUAUGCUUUCUACGAUGUGGCUAAUGGGGAUCUGCUGGAGCUGAACCCUCCAGAGAGAGAGAAAGCAGUGCUACUAUAUGCUUCCUGGGGGCCUCAGGGGAGCCAGCUGGCCUACGUGUUUGAAGGAGAUAUCUACUACAAGCCGAGUGUGACAAGCAAAGCCCUGCGUCUCACAACCACCGACCUGGAGCAGAAUGUGGUGAACGGGCUGUCUGACUGGACUUAUGAAGAGGAAGUGCUCUUGUCAUAUGUUGCCCACUGGUGGUCUGUGGACGGGGCCCGGCUGGCGUACCUCACCAUCAACAACUCUGCCACACCUGUGAUGGAAAUACCUCACUUCUUAGGGGGUCUCUACCCCUCCAAUGUGCUCUUUCACUACCCAAAGGCUGGCUCAAGUAUCCCAUCUGUCAGUCUGUUUGUGGUGAAUCUGUACGGUCCAGCUCACACUCUGGAGAUGAUGCCUCCUGACUCCCUCAGGGCCAGAGACAGCUACAUCUCCAUGGUGACUUGGAUCAGCAGCACCCGCCUCGCAGUUCGUUGGCUGAACCGUGCCCAGAACCAAUCGGUGCUGUGCGUGUGCGAGGCGACCACCGGGGCCUGCUCAGAGAAACACAAAAUGGCCAUGGACCUAAUGCAAAACCAACGACAGGACGUGCCGUUGUUUUCAGCAGACGGCGCUGUGUUUUAUACAAUCCUGCCAGCAAAACAGGGCGCUCGGGGAGAGUUUCACCACAUCGCCAGUCUUUCAGCCCAGCCUGCCAUCCCCUCCGUCCCUCCUCGCUUCCUGACAUCAGGCAGCUGGGACGUCAGCUCGCUCUGCGCCCUCGACGAGAAGGCUGGAAAAAUCUAUUUCCUGAGUGCAGAAGAAUCCAGACAAAGCAGACACCUUUACAGUGUGGACCUGGAUGGAGUGUUCCAGCGCCAGUGCAUCUCCUGUAACCUCAUAGAUGGAUGUCGCUUCUUUAAAGCUCAAUUUAGCCCCAAUCAAACCCACUUCACCCUCUACUGUCUAGGCCCAGGAAUCCCUAAAGUGACAGUUCACAGUACAAAGGACCCCUACAGAUAUGUUGUCUUGGAGGAUAACAGCCCUCUAUCUAAAGCUCUGGAGGACAAGAGGCUCCCUGAGACUCUGUUUAGGACACUCCCGGCAGACAACCAUGAUGUACACCUGAAGCUAUCUCUACCGCAGGGUUACGAGGCCAACCUGCACCCUCUCCUCAUCAUUGUGGACGGCGUUCCUGGCUGUCAGUCAGUGACAGAGGAAUUUGCUCUCGACUGGCCUCAGGUCCUCUCUGGCACACACAAUGUGGCUUUGGCAUGGGUGGACGGCAGGAGCGGGGUUGGCCGUGGACAGAAGACCACCACUGUGGAUCCACGCAAGCUCGGCUCAGUCAGAGUCAAAGAUUAUCUGGGAGUUGUCGAGUUGUUGAUGCAACUGCCUUAUAUUGACGAUCGUCGGAUGGUCCUCUAUGGAAAGGCAUUUGGAGGUUAUUUGACUCUCAAGAUGUUAGCUGCAACAGAUAAACUCUUUCAAUGUGCAGCCGCUAUGGCACCGGUAACUGACUUCAGGCUUUAUAGUGCUGCAUUCUCAGAGCGGUAUCUAGGCCUUCCAGCGAAGGAGGAGCACGCUUACUCUACUACCUCUUUGCUGGAGGAGGUUAACAAGCUAAAAGAUGAGCAUUUCCUUAUUCUACAUGGAACUGCAGAUGCGAGGGUACACUUCCACCACACUGCUGAGCUCCUGAGCCGACUGGUGAGGGUGGAAGCCAACUACUCACUGCAGCUGUACCCAGACGAGGGUCACAUCCUGAGAGAGCCACGCAGCAUCCAGCACUUCCAGCGGACAGUGGUGAACUACCUCCAAGGCUGCUUGAAGCACAGCAACCUCCUAGAUCCUGUAGAGGAUCCCGAGGAAGAAGAUGAUUGAGCCCAGAGCCCCUUUUCCAUGCUCGUGGAAGGACCAUCUUUGGACUGUAUGCCAUUUUAUGCAUUAACUUGGGACGGAUUACUAGGCACAAGAGCACAGGAGUGGGGACCAAACACAUCAGAUCACCUCCUACAACUUCUGGAAAAAUUUACUGUACUGUAAACCUUGUUGCACUCAAUUAGUUCUGCUCUUGUACUGUAUGGUUGAGGCCCUGCUUUUUUUUUUUUUUUUACAAAAUUCACUUGAGAUGUUGUGGACUAAAGGCUACUGAUUCUGCCAAAGGUUUACAAAGAUUUUAAAACAUGCAUGUCGUAAUGGCUGCAUGAUGUGGAUUAGUUUACAUCGCAUUUUCUGUUACACAGGUGGGUAGACAUUGCAAGACUUAAAAAACAACCUUAUCACAGGACUACAGGAUCCCAUUCAGAUGUAUGCAGAUUCCAGUCAUACACAAUUAAACAAUAUGGAAAGUUCUAAAACAUACUCUAAAAUAUCUAAAGAUAAAUAAGUCCCCCCUGCUCACUGCCGUGGGCAGACUCCAAGAUCUCUGAGAUGUCAUCGUAGGGCGACCGGAUAGCUCAGUUGGUAGAGCAGCUGUCCAUAUGUAGAGGUUUACUCCUUGUUGCAAUGGGCCAAGGUUUGUCUCCGACCUGUGGCCCAUAUGCUGCAUGUCAUCCCCCCCCUUUCGUAUCUUCAGCUGUCCUGUCAAAAAUAAAAGCUGAAAAUGCUCAAGAAAUAUUUGUUAAAAAAUAUUUCUUUUUACACAGUGUCUUCCCAGCUAAAAUGAAGUUAAAUGAAGCAUAUGGAUCAUUCUAAAUGUGCCACAUGCAUUUAGAGGACUUUAUCCACUGGUUUUAUUAGCAUUACUUGGAUCAUGUGAUUACGAAUGAGUGUGCAACUUUACACCACAAGCUCUGAUUCUAGGGGGAUUGCAAGAACGUCCAUGUAGGUCUGAACUAUUUACUGUUUGUGUACAGUGUUUCUGUUUUGGUACAUCUUGGCAUUUUGAACAUUUCCUGUGUAUUGUGUUUGGACAAACUGUUGAGCCUUAUCUUACAGUCCACAAAGUUAGUGGACAGUGGGCUUGAGCAUCAAACUAUCAACCAAACCGUACUGGUAAACUGCAUGCAGUUGGUUUGAAACUGAAUGCCCUUGACUCUACACGACCGGCUACUCCUUUUUGCCAACAGUCCUUGAAAAUAAAGUUUGAACUUCAUGUUUUACAGCAA